UUAGUAGAGACCGUGGAUUUGCGGCCUUUACUCUUGUACCUCUAUCUGUCCUCAUGUUGUGGUUUGGAUUUGGGUAUAAGGGUUUCGGGCAGGUCGCUCUUGGGGAGGAUCUGAUCUCGAGUCUUCCAGAAGUGGUCAAGUUAAAAGGCGCAGAGGUUGGAGAUUCUAUGAUAUCCAGAGUUAUUCCCUCGUGGAGCUAUACUGCGUUUCUGACAGAGGAUGGAUCCGUUCUUCUAUCUGGUUUUGUCGGUGGGUGCCACGUUCCGUAUCUUUGCCUUCCGGGCAUCAAAUGCCUUGACCUUCUUCCAACAGAAAAUGUCAUUAUUCUGCAGUUUACUGACUGUGUCAAGUGUUGGGCAGUUAACACUCUGAGUCCCUUAUUAAUGCAUGAAAAAUCUGUGUGGAAAAUGGAUACCUGUGCUGGACACAAUGUAGCGUUCCCUUUGGUAGCCAAUGGACACAUCAUCCCUCAAGCUCCAUUCUUCAGGCAAUUACCAACUAAAUGCAGUGCCCACAAGUUGGUGUUAGGAAAUGAACAUGUUGUGCUAAUCACCACUGAAGGGACUUUACUUACAUGGGGAGCUGGCAGACAUGGGCAGCUUGGGCAUGGAGAUUUGGAAGAUGUGCAAGAUCCUCGAAUUGUAGACGCUUUGCAUGGUGUGGUGAUGGUUGAUGCAGCAGCAGGAGGCUGGCAUUCAGUUGGUCUGAGUGAAGGUGGUGAUAUUUACUGUUGGGGCUGGAAUGAAUCUGGGCAGCUUGGACUUCCUUCGAAAGCACUAGCACAAGAAAAAGCAAAUACAGAAGAAGCACCUACAGGGGCAGAUCCUGCGGAAGCCAGUGAAUUUAUUACAAUUCAGGCCUUUCCAGCUUUAAUUGAUCUGCCUCAUGAAUCAGAGGUUAUCAAGAUCAGUUGUGGAUCACGGCAUACAGCUGCCGUAACUGGUUCUGGAGAUCUGUAUACGUGGGGAUGGGGUAAAUAUGGACAGCUCGGCCAUGGGAAUACAAUGAGUUUGGACCAUCCACAACGUGUGGAAUAUUUUUCUCAGAAUCAACUUUGUGUUAAAGAGGUGUCUUGUAAACAUUGGAAGACUUAUGUACGGUGCCAUCAGAAAAUUAUUUCAGCAGGGCUGAACCAUAAUGAUAAUGGUGCUACAAUAUGAGAUCCAUAGAAGGCCAAAGCAGAGGAGGACAAUUUACAGAUAUGAAAUUUCUGAACCCCCCCCUUUUUUUUAUUUUAAGGAUGGAGAUUUGAACAGACUUGAAGAAAAGCUGAAUUUUAAUUAAACAUUUGUUUUUAUAUUGAAAUUUUUUUUUUGAAAUAUACAUAAAGUAUGUUGCUAAACCUCA